AUGAACGUUUUGGUUUAUUCAGGACCUGGUACCACUGCAGAGAGUGUCAAGCAUUGUCUUGAAACAUUGAGAUUCCAUCUCUCAUCUCAUUAUGCCGUUGUCCCAGUAAGUGAAACAGUGUUAUUGAAAGAACCAUGGAUGCGGAAAACAGCAAUGUUUGUUCUUCCUGGCGGGGCAGAUCUCCCUUACUGCGAGACUUUGAAUGGUGAAGGAAAUGCAAGGUUGACCAAAUACGUCAGAAGCGGGGGCAAGUUUAUGGGAUUCUGUGCUGGUGCCUACUAUGCGUCGUCAAGAUGCGAGUUUGAUGUUGGUGGACCAUUGGAAGUUUCAGGCUCCCGUGAACUCAAGUUUUACCCUGGAGUAGCUCGUGGAUGUGCUUUCAAAGGGUUUGAGUAUAAUCUGCAAGCAGGAGCCAGGGCAGCAAGGUUGGCUGUAAACUCAUCCCUAUUACCUGGGGCUCCAUCAACAGUGUACAACUACUACAAUGGUGGGUGUGUAUUUGCCAAUGCAUCACUGAUUAACGACGUUGAGGUGCUAGCAACAUACGAUGAGAAUAUUGAUAUCCCAGAUGACGAUGGAAGUAAAGCAGCAAUAAUAUAUAGAAAAGUGGGCAAAGGUGAUGUGAUUUUAGCAGGUUCGCACCCAGAGUAUACACCGGAUGCUUUCUCCAGUGAUAAUGGAGACGAAAAAUUGGACAAGCUUGUAGCCACUUUAAAGGAAUCCGAUCAUGUUAGAAAACUUUUGAUGAGGCAAUUGUUGAAGAAAAUAGGUCUCUCGGUACCGGACGAUAUCGAUUCCAAAACGCCAGCAUUGACACCGAUUUUCAUUACCUCGCCAUAUGAAAACAAAGUCGAGGAUAUGGAAAAGCACAUAGUGCAAAGCUUAGAGAUUCUGAAUGGGUAUUUACAAGAUAGCAAUGACCUGUUUCUAUUCCAGGAAUAUCCUGGCCAAGACCAAACCGACGAAGUUGUUGUUGUUGAAGAUGCCUCAAAUAGACCCAAGGUUUUGGAGUUUUGCAAGUCUGGCACUUUUCCUGCUCCAGAAACCACGCCAAAUUUUGAUAUAAAAACAUAUUUCGAAACCUUGACUUACCUCGGUGGAGGUGUCAAUACUGUGUUUGGAGGCAUUUUGGGCUAUGCUGAAGUGAUUACGUCAACAAAUACUAUUCUCGAGAAGAACCAGCAAUUUUUGGAGUCUCUUCCUCACGGGUUUGCAAUAACCACCGCAACACAAAUUGCAGGUAGAGGGAGAGGAGGCAAUGUAUGGAUCAACCCUCGCGGGGUUAUGGCUACAUCCGUCUUGUUCAGAGUCCCACAAUCGCAACAACGUUUGAUAAUUACCUUGCAGUACUUGUGCGGUCUUGCUCUAAUUGAGGCCAUCUUGGGGUAUGGCAGUAAUGUAUCUGGUAAAGGUAUUGGUUACGAGGACUUGCCCGUAAGAAUCAAGUGGCCAAAUGAUAUCUUUAUACUCAAGCCUGAGUACAUCGAUUCCUUACAGCAUCAAGUGAGCACGACCCUUGAUGGAGAAGAUGAGAAAUACGUCAAGAUCUCGGGUGCUUUGGUCAAUUCUCAGUACAUCAAUGGACAAUAUAACCUUGUUUGGGGUUGUGGUGUCAAUGUGUCAAAUCCUGCACCAACUACAUCGUUGAAUUUGGUAUUGGAGAAGAUCAACAAAGUUAGACAACAGCAGGGCAAGUCGGCACUACCACCAUAUGAACCUGAAAAGUUAUUGGCUAAAUUGAUGUACACAAUUGAUAGUUUUUACCGAGUGUUUGAAAAGUCCGGGUUAGAUCCAUUUUUACCUUUGUACUACAAGAGAUGGUUCCACCUGAACCAAAAAGUCGAUGUUGAUGGUGCCAAUGGCAGAAGGUCCUGUAUAGUGCGAGGCAUUACCUCAGAUUACGGUAUGCUUGUAGCUGAAGAUGUUCAAACAAAGGAAACAUUACAUUUGCAGCCAGACGGAAACUCCUUUGACAUUUUCAAAGGAUUGAUUUAUAAAAAGAAUACAUAA